AUGAACCAGGAAAAUACUUUUUCUUUUGGGGAACAUGAUUUAAUUUUAACUAAUAAUAAAGCUGAUAAUGAAGCUGAUAAUGAAGCUAAUAAUGAUAAAAUUUGCAAUAAAACUAAUGAUAAAACUGAAGAGUUUGGUGAAGAAUUAGAUGAAGAAUCAGGUGAAGAAUCGGGUGAUGAAGCAGAAGCAUUAACAAAUAAGCUAAAUAUAUUCAUUAAUUCUAAUGAAAGAUCAUUGAUUGAUGAU